AUCUACACAAUCGCACGAUGAGCCGCCAAGAAGAACGCGUGAAACAUUUCAAAGUAUAUAAGAAGCGGUGGCUAGUUCUCCUCAUCACGGUGCUAGUAUCGGCGACCAUUAAUAUGCAAUGGAUGCAAUACGGCAUUAUAGGGGAUGUAGUAACGUUUUACUAUGGCAUUUCCUUCGAAGAAGUGAACUGGUCCUCCAUGGUGUUUUUCUUGGUGUUUGUUGCUCUCAUGGUCCCUGUUAGUUAUAUCCUCGAUAAAUACAAUUUGCGAAUCAAUAUGAUUUUGGCCGCCCUUUCAACGUGUGUAGGCGCAUGGAUUAAAGUUGGUUCAAUAUCUCCAGAUAGAUACUGGGUCAUAGUACUAGGACAAGCCGUCGUGGCAAUAGCGUGCGUGUCUUCCUUGAUAAUACCUCCAAAGGUAGCUGCUGCUUGGUUUCCAUUACAUGAGCUGUCGACUGCCGGUGGAAUUGGCAUCGCCGGUGUACAGAUUGGCGCUGCUAUUGGCAUUGUGGUGCCUCCUUUACUUAUAACAAAUCAUGCACGCAUAGAAACUAUUGAAAAUGACCUGUUCACUAUAGCCAUAGGAGUUGCGAUUGUUUCUACAACGUUUGCAGUUCUUGUGAUAAUAUGUUUUCCACGAACACCUCCAUCGCACGCCGCUCAGAGCGAUCUUGUCCACAGUAGUUGUAUGUUGCAAGCAACUUUCAAGAAGCUAUUCACAAAUCGAUCAUUUCUACAGCUCGUGGCAGUGUUUGGAAUUGACUUUGGAGUAUUUUGUGCGCUAUUGACAAUGAUGCACCAAGUUGUUGUAUUACACCAUCCGGGGGGAUACACCGAAGCUGGAUUGAUUGGAGUAUUGGCUGUACUCGCAUGUGGUAUGGGUUUAAUAGUCGCCGGUUUCGUCUUAGAUAAAUUUAGAUGUUACAAGGGACUCCUUUUAAUGUCACAGACUGUAAUUGUAACAGCGAUGGUGUGUUUCACGUACACAUUUGAAAUAAGUCUGUACUUAGUGUACCUUACAGUAACCAUCAUUGGACUUUUCGCUGGAAUUCUUUGGUCUGGAAGUGUUGAAGCGGUAAUCGAAACAACGUAUCCACAACCAGAGGGCAUAUCGAUCGGAAUAUUAAAUGGUAGUGGGCAAUGCAUGGGAAUCGCCCUUACGUGUUUGUAUCAAACACUUUUCAACCUUACCAAAUGUGAUAAAUUGGCGAAUAAUGCAAUGUCCGGAUUUCUACUUUUGGCAUUGAUGGUGCUGAUGUAUAGCCGUAUAGAGCUUAGAAGGACAAGCGCGAAUCUUCUCAAGGAUAAAGAUAAUGCUGGUUUCAGUAAAGAAACCAUUUAACGUAUUAUAGACAUCACCUAACAAGAAUGUGAAACUGAUGGGAACCAUCGCAUAGUAAAUAAAGGCUCUUGCUUACGUUUACGUUA